AUGAAACCAGCAUUGUGUCUGGUGGCUAUGGGGGCUCUGGUGAUGGACUCAUCCCCACAGGGAAGUGUGGGUGGAGCCACAGAGGUGUCUGGUUGUACCCUUGGUCCUUUAGGGUCUGGCCGCCAUCCAUCUCACAGUGCCACUCCUGCUGGCCCUGGAGAUGAGGUGGCUCGGGGCAUCGCUGGAGAGAAGUUUGACAUUGUCAAGAAAUGGGGCAUCAACACAUAUAAGUGCACAAAGCAGCUGUUAUCAGAGCGAUUUGGCCGAGGCUCCCGGACUGUGGACCUGGAGCUAGAGCUGCAGAUUGAGUUGCUGCGUGAGACAAAGCGCAAGUAUGAGAGUGUCCUGCAGCUGGGCCGGGCACUGACAGCCCACCUCUACAGCCUGCUGCAGACCCAGCAUGCACUAGGUGAUGCCUUUGCUGACCUCAGCCAGAAGUCCCCAGAGCUUCAGGAGGAAUUUGGCUACAAUGCGGAAACGCAGAAGCUGCUGUGCAAGAAUGGAGAGACACUGCUAGGGGCUGUGAACUUCUUUGUCUCUAGCAUCAACACAUUGGUGACCAAGACCAUGGAAGACACACUCAUGACUGUCAAACAGUAUGAGGCUGCCAGGCUGGAAUAUGAUGCCUACCGAACAGACUUAGAGGAGCUGAGCCUAGGCCCUCGGGAUGCAGCGACCCGUGGUCGACUCGAGAGUGCCCAGGCCACUUUCCAGGCCCAUCGGGACAAAUAUGAGAAGCUGCGGGGAGAUGUGGCCAUCAAGCUCAAGUUCCUGGAAGAAAACAAGAUCAAGGUGAUGCACAAGCAGCUGCUGCUCUUCCACAAUGCCGUGUCAGCCUACUUUGCUGGGAACCAGAAACAACUGGAGCAGACCCUGCAGCAGUUCAACAUCAAGCUGCGGCCUCCUGGAGCUGAGAAGCCCUCCUGGCUAGAGGAGCAGUGAGCUGCUCCCAGCCCAACCUGGCUAUCAAGAAGGACAUUGGGAGGGGCAGUCCUAGGGUGGGGGAGAUUGGACAUGGGACAUUCCUUGCCACCUGCCCUCUGGCUUGGGUUCCCUUUCCCUGGCUGGGGCCUGACACCAGUUUUGCCCACACUGCUGUGGGUACGGAGGGGGCCUGCAGGCCCAGCAGCUGCUGCCCUGUCCUUUAUCUUCCUGGCCACUGGGCUUCAUUCCCAGAUCUUUUUCUUCUACUCCACAGCCAAAGGCUGUGACAAAAUCACUCCCUGGCCAAUGGCAUCACUCCUCAGGCCUAUCCCUAGCUCCUGGGGGUGUGCCCUUUGACCAAUGGCAGAGCCUCAAAAGGCCCUGUCAGCCAAUGGCAGCUCUUCUUGGGCUCCCCUGGGCCAAUGAUGUUGCCUCCAGUACCCUUUGUCCCUCCUCUAUGCGUGUCCAUUGCAGAGAAAGGGACAGGGACCAAAGGGGUGGGGAUAAUGGGGAGUCCCAUUUCUGGCCCUGCAUCUGAAUGGGCCUCCCCUCAUCUACCCACCCAGUUUAAUUGUGCUUAGAGCCCUGGAAGAUUGGGCCCUAGCACUAGGAAUAAACCUUUCAUAAAAGCAGGCCCAGUGAGGUCAAUUUGUGGGGGACUCUAGGAGGGUGGGCUAGGUGGAAAAAUGCUCAGUCUAAUCAUACACCAAAAUCCUAUCGAGUUGGAAGAGCUGAGGCCAGAAGCUGAAGUCACAUGUUUCAGGAACAGUCUGAGGGCUCAUUCCUCCCCCAGCCCAGUUGCAGCCAACGCUUUAUUUGCCUUUUAGGCCAGCACCAAGAUAGCUAUGGAUCUUAAAAGCACAGGGCCCAGAGGGGGUUGGGCCCGCUGACCUUCAUCAUCCAUUCAUUCAUACAGCAAAUAUUUACUGAGUGCUUUUAUUUGCCAAGCACUGCGCUAGACCCUAGGGAAACAUCAGUGGAUAAGACACGGUCCCUGCCCACAGUGCUUAUGGCCUAGUGGGGGAUAGAGACAAGUAACCAGGCAACUACCAUACAGUGACAAGUACUAGGCUCCAGAAGUGCAGGGAGCUGUGGGAGCCCAGAGGAGGGCAUCUAGCCUAGAUUGGGGAGGAGAUGUCAGCCUGAAAGCUGAGACCUGAUGGUGAGUAGAGGGCAGCCAGGCAAAGAAUAGGGGGAAGAGCAUCCUAGGCAGAGAGGCCAACAUAUGUGAAGGCCCUGAGUAGGAAUCGGGAGGAAUUCCAUUUGACUGAAAAGUUGGCUAGAGGAUGACUACAGAGGUAAAGUAGUAAGACUUCACGCUGGGCCUUUUCCUGCUGGUUAAGGACUUUUGCCUUCUGGAGAAAGGGGAGCUGUGAAGCCUUUUCAGCAGAAGUUGGACAGUAUGGGGGAAGUCUAGGGUUGAGGAAAGUAGCCCUGAGAGGCUUCAAGUAGUGUCAUACAGAGCCCGGUCCUUAUGUUGGGUAGUCUAGUAGCCCUGGAGCCAAAGUCCAAAGCAAGUGUGAAGCCUGUCUGAGGCUCAUUCACAAGUACCGGAGCACCCGUGCUGGAACUCAGGCCGAUGAGGGGUCGAGGCAGUUCCCAGUUCCCCUGUGUUGAGCUCAAAUCUGAACGUUGUGUGAAGCAAGAAAGCUCCUCAACAGGACUUUGAUUUAGUCAGGACCCAGGUACCAUCACCAUCACCUCAUGGCCAAAGAGGGCUCUAGAUUUUUUCAACAUUCUCCCCUACCUCUUUGGAGGGCUGGAGGAGGGGGACAACCCAGUCAGCAGAUUCUCAAAGUGCUGAGAUCCACACAGCUUGAUGCUGCUCUUUGUCACAGAUACUGCGGCUCCCGGGCAAGCUUCCUGGGCUUUGGUCAGACUACGGUCAUCUGCCUGGAGCUUCAUUAUUAGGUGGGAUGGUCCACAUACAAGCCUGCACUUUAUGGGCCACUGAAUUUUCAACAUGAAACAUGCUGAAUUUCUGAGUGAGUGGAGGCAGGCCCUAAAAGCAGAGCUCAAACCCUGGUUAUACCACUUUCUAGCUGAGUGAUCAGGGUUAACACCUGGGGAGCCAAGGGCCCUCUGUUUCUUCUGUUGUAAAACACGGCUAAUAAAAGAAACUACCUAUUAAGAUUAUGAGUAUUAAAGGAGAUAAUAUAUGUAAAGUGAUUCGUUAUGUGUCUGGCACAUAAUAAGCAUUCAGCCCCUGUUAACUGUUAUUACAAUUUUUAUUUUCCACCGGGGCUGCUUUUCCACAAUGCAAUGAUUCUGAGAAUUGCUCUGGUCCUUGGAGUGUGGAAGGGAGUCGCUGGAUGGUCUGAACCAUAAUUUUCUCGCGAGGGGGCUCCUGCGGGAGAGCCAGGCACCUAGAGCCAAAUCCAAUCCCCCACCUUUCUACCCCGGCAGCCCGUCCUCCCAGAGCUCUGGGAACUGCCCGUCCACCUUGGGGCCCUUCCGCCGCCCAGAGAUCCGUGCCGAGGUACAGACGAUCCCUGUCUGCCCCUGCUCAGCAGAGACCUCACUAGCAUAUUCUGUAGGAGCCCCCCAAGAAAGCUAGGAAGGGCACCUCCAGGAGGCAGUCCGGACCGGCUCCCAGAGUCCGAGAUCCCUGCCGCCAGCUGCCUUUUCUUGAUGGAGCCUCAUCCCAGCCCCUGAAGUCUGCUACGCCGCCCUUCCCUGGAGCCGUCGGGAGCCAGAUGCAGCUGCAGGGAUCGGGGACCGAGGAUCCGGGAUCCGAGAUCCGGAAUCCGGCUCACGGGCUCCCCAGCCCGACC